UUCCAACGCAGAAAAUUCACAAAUGCGCUGCAUAUUGCAAAGAAAAUGAGAGGACUAACAUUUACAGUCCGGGGUCGAGCUACGUGUACAGCUACACGGCGGAGUCGGACACAUUCAUAAACGGAAUCGAAGGGAACAACGAAAUCAGCCGGCUCCGCAUCACGGCCGUAGCUACCAUACAUGUCGCGGCACCAUGCGAAUACAUUCUGCAGCUAUCAGAUGUGGUAUUUUCAAGUCCAGGCGGUUCCGUAGACCCAGAAUUGGCAGAAAGCGUGGGGGCAGCGCUCUCGGAGAACCCACUUGCCUUCUCGAUGCAUCGAGGCGCGGUGGAGGCUUUGUGUCCCACGGAGGGUGACGUAGAAUCGCCCUGGAUAGUCAACUUUAAAAGGGGCGUUCUGUCGGCCCUUCAGACAGGCAAAGGAGACAUGAGGCAGAGUCAUGUUGCACAUGAGCGUGAUGUAUCCGGAGACUGUUUCACUCGAUUUCACAUAACAGAAAUCCAUGGCGGAUUAUUAAUAGUACGUCGUUUCAAAGAUUUAACGCAAUGUUCUUCUAGAAAGAAGACGAUCUUCUCACUUCCGUCAAUCAAUUAUGCAAGUCCAAAUUCUAAGCCCGUCAUAUCGAGUCACCAUAACUGUACUCAAACCCUUGAUAAUCAGCGAGUGGUGAGUUCAUCUUGUCAAGAAAAACACAAACUGCGACCGUUCAGUAACGGACAAGCGGGAGCCGUUACCACCGUACAGCAGACUUUAGUUUUACGGAAAGAACUGAAACUAAAACAGAUACCAGACAUACAUGCGCCAAUUGAAACAAGAACCACAAUGCUUUACGAGGAAACAAUAAGUAAACUGCCUAAAGUAUCUAAUGAGGAAAUUUUUAAUAUACUAGAAGAAAUGAAAGAGGCAACAAGUACAGGUGUUGAAGAUCGGGCUACCACCUUAUUUUCAAACUUAGUAACCGCGUUAAAAACACUUAAUAAAGCUGAUAUGAUUUCCGUGAUAGGCAAAUCUCAAAAUCCCGAAAGACAUAUGAUUUUAGACGCCAUGCAACUAAUCCAAACUGAUGAAAGUGUAGCGACAAUGAUGGAAUUAUUACGUAACGAAGUACUUAGUGAAGGUCAAUUUAAUUCUUGGCUAACAUUUUUAUCAUUCAGUAGUAAUCCAACUUUAUAUUCCUUAAAAAUGCUUACUCCCUUGCUUGAUCAUUCCAACAAAAAUGCUAUUCUAUCAAUAUCUUCAAUGAUAUACAGAUAUUGCCAAAUGAAUACAAAAUGUAUGAACGAAAAUGUUAUCAUAACUGCAUUGGAAAGUAUUGAGAAAUACUUGGGAGAUAGUUGCAGAGCAUCAACAUUUCAGUCACAGAAUGAUAUAAUAUUAGCAUUAAAAGGGCUGGGAAAUGCUGGACAUGCCGUUUCCACAAAAACUUUGACAAAUUGCUAUAAGACCAGCACUUUGCCAGUAGAAAUCAGAGUACAGGCUUUGGCUGCUUAUAGACGAUUUUCGUGCAAAUGGCAAGAAACCAAAAUUUUCCUCGAUACCCUUGCCAAUAAAACGGAACCAACUGAAGUAAGAAUUUCUUCCUAUCUGGCUGCAAUGAACUGUUUGUCCAACAAGGAUUUAUAUAAGAUACGUGGAGUACUUUUAGCUGAAAAGGCAAACCAAGUGGGUUCCUUUAUAUGGACUCAUUUGACUAAUAUUCAAGAAUCUUCGGCUCGUUGGAAAACAGACAUCAAAUACAUCUUAUCCAGUGAAAGUUUGCGUAAGAAAUUUGAUACAAAUUUUAGAAAGUAUUCUAGGAACUACGAAUUUUCAUCUUUUUCGAAAUUAUUAAAUGCUGGUGGAGCACUAGAGAGCAAUGUUAUUUUUUCACCUGAGUCGUAUAUACCUAGGUCUGCUAUGGUCAAUUUGACUCUUGAUAUAUUUGGUGAAACUAUGAAUGUAUUAGAAAUUGGUGGUAGAGCAGAAGGGCUGGAAGAUACUUUUGAAAAACUUUUUAGCCCUGAUGGCUAUUAUCCGGAUGAAACACUAUCGAAAAUAUUCAAUGUUAUCAAAGCAGAUGGCAACACCAAUGAAAUAGAAGCUUUCAUACCUAAAAGUGAAUAUAAAAAAAUAAGAGUACCGAAAGGCGCAAUAUAUGCAAAAAUAUUUGGCAACGAACUAAAUUAUUUCAAUUUCAAUAAUUUGCAAGAUAUGUCUAACACAGAAGAUUUAUUUCAAGACAUGAUAUAUAAACUGUUCCGAGGAAGGGAUAUAGAUUUUGUUAAAUCAUUUAGUGUACUUGACGCAUCCUAUAGUAUUCCUACGAUAAUUGGAUUCCCAUUGAGGCUUUCGUUGAAUGCAACCGGUACCGUAGGUUUGAAAAUCGGUGGCAAAGUUGAUGUGGAAAAUUUUAGAGAUUUUAAAAUGGAUGUAGUCGGUCAUAUUGUUCCAAGUGCUGCUAUUCGCAUUGUUGGCACUAUGGUGAUGGAUGCUUCUGUUACAAAAUCUGGUUUAAAAAUGGAUGUAUCUAUGAACUCAAACUCGUAUAUCGAUGGUUCAAUACGUCUAGAUGAGGGAAAACUAGUUGAUAUUAAACUGAAAGUUCCUAAAGAAAAAAUGAAUUUAGUGAAAAUUACUUCAGAAAUAUACUUAAUAAGUCCAUCCGGAAAUGAACCUAUUAAAGGUCAUUCUCAGAGAGAAACAUUUUAUAGCUGUGGAUCUGAAACGGCAGCUGUUAUUACUGGAAUGCAAUUAUGUAAUGAUAUUUCUUAUCCAAAUGCUUCUUCUUCUUUGAUUGCACCAUAUUUUCCGCUUACUGGAUCUGCUCGUUAUAUAUUGGAUUUAAAAAAAGUUGACAACUUUGAUUCUUAUGAAUUCAAAUACCAUAAAGAAUCAAAAAUAAUUUCUAGUGAACCAGUUCAUAUGUUUAAUUUAUAUAUAAACACUCCAAACUCUAAUGUAAAGAGAAAUAUAGAUAUCGGAUACAAAAUCUUCCCAAAAGCCAUGAAUGCGAGCGCUAAAAUCCAUACACCAUUCAAAAGGUACAAUUUUGUGGGAAAAUUAACCAAUACGGUGGCUUACAAGGCGCUUGAAAGUGAAAUUUCUGAAGAUGACAAAAGAAUAUUAGGCGUUAAAGGAAGUAUUGCAACCCAAGACGAUAAAAUAUCAUCGAAUAUAAACAUACAAUACUUUGAUCGCAUUUUUGCAGAAGUUGAUGGGUUUAUUGCAUAUACUCAAAAAAAUCGAUACAGCACUUUUAUUACUUUAUCAGGUUUUACGAAAGAUAAAGUUUCAUUUUUAGGAGAUCUCAAUAGAGAUAAGGAUAAGUGGUCGUGGAAUGGUAACCUUGCAAGUUCUGAAUUAUCGGGUGAUAUGAAAGGUUCUUUGAGUUAUACUUCAUCAAUAUACUGUGUAAAUAAUUCUAUGACGUACAUUUUUAAAAAUCAACAAUUGCACAGCGUAUCGCUUUAUUUGAAAUAUGAAAAUAUAUUAACGGGUAUGCUUAAAAAGUUGGGAAUAUCAUUUUCAUUACAAUCAACCGAAUUUCCACAGUCUCAUAUUGAAUUUUCAUGGGGAUUUCAGAAAACUCGUGGAUAUAUUGAGCACAACGCGGUUGCGGGACUUGGAGAUGUGAUAUGGAAAACUCAUCAACUGUACCGAUUGAAAAUAUUAGAUGGAUACUACGACUUUGAAGCGAAAUGUGCUUUCAAUUGUUUGAGCAAGGAUAUCGAUUAUUUAGUUAGUGCGAAAUACCUAACAAAUUUUAAAGGAAUUAUAGCGCACAGCAUUGCCCGUUUGAAUGAUGAGCAUCGAGCAUAUGCCAAGGUAAAUAUAUUGAAAGAUCCUUUAACAAAUGAUUUAGGAGUAUUUCUGCAAUUCUUGAUACCUAAGAGAAAGUGGACUUUGGACGGUCAUUUGACACAUAAAGGAAACGAAUAUGGUGUAUUAUUUACCGGUUCAGCAAUUCGGAGUUUUGCCGUAGAAGAAGAGAUCAAUUUCAAGGCUGUUGGUUCGUAUACAGACCUCAGCGAUAUCUCAAAACUAGAACAUUCAAUCACAUUGCAUAUUACUCAAAGCGGGGGAAACAUCGAGCGAAUAGAACCUUGGACGUUGAAAGGAAAACUAUUAGUAUCAAAUAAACAUUUUGAAUGUAGCGCCAGCGCAGAUUAUAAAAAAAAUAAAUAUGCUGCUGUACUAUUGUAUACGAAUAUUCAUGAACAUAAAAUAUCCCUCAUUAUGGACCUACCAAACCGGCAUUAUGAAAAUACUCUGGUUUUUGCACUCAAGGGGCCAAAUAAAAAAUUAUUAUUGGAUCUCGAUUUAGAGAAGCGGAUCUACUCAUUAUUUAAUUUAAAUACCAGCACUACCAUACAGUUCAGUAUGCUUUUUCACUGGGAUAAGAUCAACAACCCCGAAAAUAAGUGCAUUUUUUUGCUUGAUUUAGACACCGCGCAACAGAGCUUUCGUUUAGAACUUCCCGGACAAAAAAUAGACGGAAUUAGUACAAUUGAAGAUAAUAAAGUAAAAAUAAUGGGUUAUUGGAAUGAGAAUCAAUGGAUUUCGUUUGUAACAUCUCAUGAAGAGAAACAAGACAACUCUUUAAUUAGUUUACAUCUGGAAUCAACAAUUCCGAUAUUUAAAAAACAUUUGAUAAACCUGUCAUAUAAGGGAGCCGGAAAACGAGUAAUGGACCUGAAUAUGCAUUUCGAAUGGAUGAACAAUUUUAUAUUACUGAACGCGACUGGUAAUCACUCUCCAGCGUCAAAUUUGAAUACUGUCGUUAAUGUGAUGAGUUCCUUUUAUCCGGUACCGAAUAUAACAUUGGAUUUUGCAAAUAAAUUAAAUCGUGAAUCGGAUUCCGUACUUGUCCUAACAAAUUGCAAGCUGUUCUAUAACAAAGAUUCAUAUCAGAUAACAGGAAAAUUUGAACGAGCUCAAAAUUAUUGUAAUGCUGAGUAUAGUAUUAGCGGAUCAAAAGAAACAAUAUCAAAUAUAAUUUACAAAUAUUCAAUUUCGAAACCUUUAACAGAAAUAUCAGGACGAAUGUCAUGGUUUCAAGAAGAAGUUUAUAUAAAAUAUGAACAAGAACCUCAUCGAGCUGAUUUCUUGAUGACUACACCUUUUAAAUACAUCGAGCAAAACGCUUUCAAUUACUACUACGACUUUCAACAUUACAGAAGUUAUUUUACAACUGAGAUACAAAUAUUGCAGGAAAAUUUUUAUUUACGAUCAUUUAUAAAUCAUCCUAAUGUCCAUACUAUAGAUGGCACCGUGGACAUUAGUUCUACUUUUUUGCCAAAGCUAAGUGUAUUAUUAGAACAUCAGUUUUUAGGAGAAAUGGUGGAAAAAUUCAAAGUAAUAUACGAUGACGAAAAACGAUGUGCGCUGGAUUUUGAGUUCUCUUCGGACAGAUCACGUUAUAUGGGCUUAAAUCUUGAAAUACCUAAUCAUAUAUUGAAAACCAGGUUGGAAAAAGACUUUAAUGAGGAUCAUAAGAAGUGGUUCGUUAAGUAUGCUUGGAAUAAUGAUACUUUACUAGCAACUCUUCAUAUGCGCGAAGAAAUGGAUAUCGAUUUCAACACAACGAAUGAUCAAUAUAUUUUUGAAGUGACUGGUUCUAUCGUAGAACACAAAACUCAAAUGGAGUUCGAGAAUAAUGAUAAAAUUCUUCGUAUUAUAAUUGAUUCUAGUACAAACAAUGAAUGUGAUGUAGAAAUUUACUUUGACUACGAUAAAAUUGCAGGUAGUUCGAAGGCAAUAGCAUCUGGAAAAAUUGGAUCAAAUAAUUUGGAUAUAGUUUCAUCUACCGACUUUAAACUUGAAACAUUCAAUCAUAUAUCAGCUUGGAAAUAUAAUGAAUGGAAUGACAACUUAGAAUUUUCAUAUGCGCUUGAACAUUACCAGUUGAAAAAUUUAAUUUUAAAAUGGGAUAGACCUUCUAAAAUUAUGGAUUCCACUGAUGAAUCCAUUCAACUUCUUUACAGUUUUUUUACUGAUGAUAUUGUCAAUGAACCAAAAAUUUCAAUUGUAGAUAAAAAAUAUAACGAAAGUAUCGAUGUCAGCGGAAAAUUUGUCAAUUCUAAUGAAACCUUUAUAUUUUUAUUAUCUGCCGAAUCUUCUAAUUUUGACCCUAUCGAAAUCGAGUUCAAUUAUAACUUAAAGCAGAAUAUUAAAACAUCAGAAUUAAUUGUGAAAUGGAACAAAGACGUUUUAAAGUUGUAUGCGGAUGCUGCUUUAAAUAGUUCGAUGAUCAUGGGUAACAUAAUCAUAAAUUUGUCCGACAAUGAGUUGACCAGAAUAAAUGUUCUUUACAAAAAUGCAUCGGAAAUCCAAUUAUCAGCAAUAUUAAAUUCAACUCAAAGAUAUCAAAUGCACGCUAAAUAUGAAUUGAAACAAAAUGCAAUGUUAAUUGCAACAGGCAUAGAUACACCUGUGAACGGUUUCAAACAUUUAGAGUCAAUAUUUGAUGUUUACUAUGAUGAAGAAAAAGGUCAUGCUGCUUUCAAAUUGACAAAAGAUUCAAAACUUGUAGAUUUAUCAUCAUCAUUUAUGUAUUUAAAUGAACUUUACUCUGCCGAUAUAUUACUUCAUGAUUCUCUAUUUAAUUUACCAAACUUGAAUAUGAAAUUGGAGACUCUGGGACAUCAAAAUUUGAAACUAGAAUCUUUCUGGAAUUACAACAAUGAAAAAGCUGCGUUUACUACGAAUUUAGAAUUUUUAAAAGAAAAAUUUAAGUUCAAUACCACUUUUCAAACAAGUGCCAGUUUGCUGCCGAAAGGACAUCUAGAUGUGCAGUACGACAUAACAACUGCGAUAAAUACUUUUGGAAUAGAUUUAGGUUUGAAAGAAGAUUUCUUAGUUUUGAAUGGAAUAUACAAUACUACAAAUUUCAAUAAAGAAGCAUUAUUAGAAAUGGAUUCGAAGCUUUCAAAUUAUCGUGAAAAUGUAAUUUUAAAAUUAGGCACAGGAUUAAAUGAUGAUGAUGUUGAAUAUAUGAAUAUUUUAUUAGUGAAAAAUGAAAGUAUAUAUAGCAUCGAAACAAGCGCACAUAAAGAUGUUAAAGAUGUUUUAUACAAUUUUACAAUCAGUAGUCCAUCUACUAAUUGGAAUAAUGUUAGAGGUAAAAUAUUUUUGGUGCAAAAAAAUCACGUCUCAUCGGCUGGAAUUGAGUGCGAAGUAGACGGUAAUACUAUAGCUUUAUCUACAGAUGUUCACUUAGAAGGAGCAAACUUCUGCAAGGUCGAUAUUAAAUUUGAUAGUUUCUUAGAUAAUUAUGAAACCAUACAUUCUGGAUUUAUGUAUGAUUUAAGAUCCGAAAUAAAAAUAGUGACAUUGUUUCUAUUGCCAUCUAAACUUCAUAAAGAUAAGCACCAAAUUGAUUCUUCGCUGGAUUUAUCACAUAGUGGUAUAUUAAAAGUAAACUUCAAUGCAACAUCGCCUAUGUUAUAUGCUAAAAGCAUAGAUAUCUCCACACAAUAUAGCUAUGAUUUGUCGGAGAAAUUUGCUAAAGCUCUGAUAGGUAUGGUAGAUGUAAAUAAAGAUUUGAUUGAUGACAGUUUAUUCUCAUUAAAAGUGAAAACUGAGGUUGAACUAUGUGAAGAUUGUGUAAAAGAUACGUUUAUUAUAAUUAAAGGGCAGCAAUUUGCAAACAAAACUCAUCAUGUAUUCCUUACAACAAAUAUUCUUAACAAUGAAAACGAUGUUUCAUUAUAUUUUACACCUGACAGAGCAAAAGUUCUUGAACUAAGAAUUAGGACAUCAUUUGAAGUAUAUCCGAAUAUAUAUCUCAAAGCAUCAUAUGCUCAAGGUCUGAUAAAUACUUCUAUACAAUUGAACGAAACAAAUUCCUUAAAUAUGCUUUUAAAUUUAAGUGCUUUGUUCACUAAAGAUCCCUUACUGAAAAUAAAUACUGCUGAAAAAGAAUACUUGUUUAUACAAGUUGGACAAUCGCAUGCACAAGCGAAAAUUUAUACAGAAAAUAAUUACGUUGGACAUUUAUCAUACCGUGAUAGAGGAACAGAUUUUGUAAUUAAUUUUAAUGCAUCUAGAAAUGACGCCUGGUUUUUGGCUUUUGACACUCAGCUCAAAAGAACAGAUGAUGACAAAAUAAUUCUUGAAUAUAAUUUAAAGAAUACUUUUAGUGCGAAUAGUUAUCAAAAAAUGUACGGGAUUAUGACGUGUUUUUAUGAAUAUAAAAAAGAUUAUUAUAUAGAUUAUACUCUAUUCAAUGUGGAUGAAAAACUUAUCGACAUCGUAGCAUCUAUCAAUAAUAUCACAAAUUCAGGAUUUGCUAUGGGAGGUGACUACGACGUGACUGAUGCAAAUGAUGAAAGAAUAAAUUUAAAUCUCGAGAUACCGGACAGAGUUUACAAAUUGAAAAGUAAUCUGUCGAAAAGAGAAGGCGUCAUAACUCUUACUAAUUAUUAUAAAAUGCAUUUGCAGAACAGAAAAAGUAUUUUAUGGUACAUAAAGAAGAAUGCCGAAGAACAACAGAUAGGCGUUGAAUUUUCGAUUAAUAAAGAGAAAAACACUUGCAUGAUAUCACUGCGGCCAAACUUCUACGGAAUGAAAUUCCGCGUAUUGUUUGACGUGCGCAAAGUAAAAAGUGUUGUAGAAUCUGAAUGGAGCAUGGAACCUGGCAACGAAUAUAUAACUCUUGACUCGACAUUUAUGAACAAUGAAGUAGUUUUAAAUAGCGAUAUCAAGCAUAGUAAAAAUAUAUAUUUUGUAAAUUUGAAUCUCGAAAUGCCCUUGAACAAUAUAAAAAAUAUCACAUAUCAAAAUGUGUUAUCGAUCGACAACAAUUUCUUGUUUGAUGGUGUCCUGAUUUGGCAGAUACACAACAGAUUUGACAACGUGACAUUAAAGGCAGAAGUGCGUCCAUCCUUGAAUAAUUUGAAUGCAAUUAUUUCUAUGCAGACUCCUGUAACUGAGCCUUUUAUGUUCAAAAUUAAUUAUGAUAUCUCUGCCUCUAACAAAUUAUUCAUUAUGGACAUUUCAUCUAAGGGUAACACUUUGGUUAUGAUGUCUGGUCACAUGAACGACACCAGUUUGAACGGAAACUUAGAAUCACACAUGGAUGGAUUUUCUAAUUUUACUUUAGUAGUAAAUCAACAAAACUAUAGAAAUUUUUAUAUGAAAUAUAUAACGAACAAGCACGCUACUGAACUCAUUUGCGAUAUCAGUGCUGACCACCAGAGUUCCGAUAAUAAUGGAGAAGUUCCCAAUUUUAAUGUUAUUUGUAAAGUUGACCAAAAGAAUUUGAAAGGGAGCGCAAUUACUCAUUGGAGCGAUGGUAAUAGUAUAUCCCUUGAGUUCCAUUUUAAACCCGAUCAAGUGCAUUUCGCAGUAGAAUCACCAAACGAAAAGGCCAAAGUUAUCAACAUAGACGGAUCAUUAAAUAUAAUGAAUAAAGAAAUGUAUAGUUUGACUGUAAAUGGAAACUGGAACGAUAAUAUCAUUAAUUUUAUGGGAAGUUUACAAAUAAAGGAUAACAUACCGAGUAUGAUAUUGCUCAACAUGCAAUUUGGUGAUUUUUUUUAUAAUAUGAACUCAUUGAUUACUAAAACCAAUGAUUUGUUUGAUAUAAAUUUUGGUACGCAGUCGUCAGUGAAAGCUUUGCAUGGUAUUGCUUUAAACCUAAGAGUAGAUCAAACACAAACUGAACACAUUGCAGUCUCUUUGAUCGCGGAUGCACCAUUGAAGAAGGAAUGGAAAACCGAAUUAUAUGUACAAUUGCAUAAUGAACUUUCAAAAAAGAAAUUUCAAAUAAUGGGAAUUUGUAUGCAACAAUUCGUUUCCAUAUCAUCUUCAUUAUCGACCGAACCAGCGUUUGGAAAAUAUGUUAGCCAGACUCUUAUCGAUAUACCAAUUUUAUUCCAAAAUCCUAUUGCGAUUAAUAUUGAUUUGAUUGAUAGAGGAUUUAAACCUGUAUCGUGUAAAAUUUUUCUUAAGUACAUUAACACGUAUGAAUUAGAAGCCAUUCUUAAUAUGCAAGAUAACAAAUUAUCAGUUACUAUCAAAAACAAUGCUCUAAAAACAGAUUUGUUAUUGGAUUUACACGGAUCAUUUAAGAAAAUAAGCUUGAAUUCCAAGUUGCUAUGA